UUUCUGUGCGCGUUGCAGGUCACUCCCUCUGUACUGUCAGCAGCUCUUUACGCGCUUCAAACUUGGUAGUCGCACUCAGCUGGUCUCCUUCCCACCUUUCGUUUUCUCGGAUUUUUGAGUUUUUAAACGACCUACUGUUUUUAAGUCAUGUGUUAAUGCAUUUGUCGCGGCGGCUUUCCACCGGGAGGAGUUAUCGUGUUUGCUUCGCCUCCAGUUGAAGAGAAGCGCGGAGGAAAUGUCCAGCUGAGGACUGGAAAUCCUGAAAACUACAGGGCCUGUUUUUGUAAUGAUUGAUCAAUGCUUCGAUAAUGGCGCAAAAGGCACAGGUUUUAUACGACUUCACUGCUGAGCCUGGAAACAAUGAGUUGUCAGUGAAAGAAGGCGAGACAAUUAUUAUCACCAAUCAGAGUAUUGGAGGUGGCUGGGUGGAAGCACAGAACUCAAGAGGGGAGGUGGGACUGGUUCCUGAAGACUACAUUGAACUCAAUAAGCAGUUUUCUGUGUUCCCAUCAGCUGCAGCACCUACUCCAAGUUUAGGAAAUGUUGCAGGUUCAGACCUGUCCUUCUUUGAUGCAUAUGCACCUGCAUCAACACCUGCACAAAACCAGGUGGAUGCUGGGGGCUUGAGCCCCCAGCCGGAAACCCCCGACACCCCAGUUUCCCCCUACCUUUCGUCCCCUGAUGAGGCUACUAAUGGUAAUGAUCCGUGGUCGGCGUGGAACGCGGACCCAUCAGGGGGCUCCACCAACAACUGGGCAUCUAAUCCAGAGGGCACACAGACUGGGAAGAGCGCUCCUGACCCCUGGCCCCCUGUAUCACAUGGUCACCCUCAGGCUUACCAAGGCCCAGGGGCAGAGGAUGAUGAGUGGGACGAUGAAUGGGAUGACAUGAAAUCCACUGGCGGUUAUGCUGAGUCAGAAGCCGGAGAAAGUGGAGCACUGCAGAGGGGCGGAUCACAUGCAACUUCAAUGAAAAUCUCCCUCAACAACAGGUUCCCUGGGUUCUCCAAGUCGGGUCCGGAGCUUUACCUCCUUUGCAAGCAGCUUGUAAAGGGCAAAGACAGACUUCCAAUUUAUACGGGAGAAGUUGGUCCAGUGUGGUCUUACCCAGAAACCCAGCUAGACUGUGUUGUAGCUGAUCCCAAAAAAGGCUCAAAGAUGUAUGGCCUCAAGAGCUACAUUGAGUACCAAGUCACACCCAGUACCACAAACCGACCUGUCAAUCACAGAUAUAAACACUUUGACUGGUUGUAUGAAAGGCUUCUGGAAAAAUUUGGGUCAGCCAUUCCCAUCCCUUCUUUACCAGAUAAGCAGGUUACAGGCCGUUUCGAGGAAGAGUUUAUUAAGAUGCGUAUGGAGCGGUUACAGGGUUGGAUGACCAGGAUGUGCAGGCACCCCGUUAUUUCCAGCAGUGAAGUAUUUCAGCUUUUCGUCACCUACAAGGAUGAGAAGGACUGGAAGAUGGGCAAGAGAAAAGCAGAGAAGGAUGAGACGGUAGGAGUGAUGGUCUUCUCCACAAUGGAGCCUGAAGCUCCAGACCUGGACCUGAUAGAAGUAGAACAGAAAUGUGAGCAGUUUAGCAGGUUUACCAAAUCCAUGGAUGACGGGGUGAAGGAAAUCCUCACAGUGGGGCAUGAACAUUGGAAGAGAUGCACAGGCCCUCUGCCCAAAGAGUAUCAGAGAAUCGGCAAAGCCUUCCAAAACCUUUCCUCUGUCUUCACCAGCAGCGGAUACCAAGGUGAGUCAGCCCUAACUGAUGCCAUGACAGCAGCUGGGAAGACAUACGAAGAGAUAGCUCAGCUGGUUGCAGAGCAGCCCAGGAAAGACCUCCACCAUCUCAUGGAGACCAACAAUGAAUACAAAGGACUACUUGGAUGUUUUCCAGAUACCAUUGGAGUCCAUAAGGCAGCCAUAGACAAAGUGAAGGAAGGUGACAAACUGGUAGCCGCCAGUAAAAUUACUCAGCAGGACAAAGUCACCAUGGCUAAACGUGCCAGCACCAUGUCUUACGCAUUACAAGCUGAAAUGAACCAUUUCCAUAGCAACCGUAUCUAUGACUACAACAGGGUCAUGCAGUUGUACCUGGAGGAGCAAGUCAAGUUUUACGAGACGAUCGCAGCGAAGCUGAGACAAGCGCACAGUCAGUUCACUACAAUGUGAAAGCGGCCGCUGGCUGUCUUGCACUAAGAGACGAGAAGAUUUAAACCAGCUCAAGAUCCAAAAUAAUUUUGCUUAUUUUGCAUUUUUCAACCCCUGUCCUCUUUAAUUUAAAUUUCACUUCUGUUUUUCUCUUACCUCAUCUCCUCUUUUUACAACUCAUCCCAGCAGUCCCUGCUUUGCGGUAUCCGCUACUUCGAUGUUAAAGAGUACGAACGACAUCUGAAAAGGCUUCAAGAGUGACAGCAGCUGUAAUUCUUAACACAGACAGGAAAAAAAAUCAUGUUGUAGUUACAGUGGCGAUGAAAUCAAACCCUGGCAAUUCUUUAACGUGAUAUAGUUUUGUUUUUUUGGGUUUUUUGUACAGCUUCACGUGCAAACAUAACCAUCUAUCUCAAGGUAAAGCUCUGCAGCCUUUCACUUUUAUUCCAUGUUAAUAUUCAUAUAGGAAAGGGCGCCAAAUACCAAAGCUAUUCUCCGCUCUGCCAAUAAGGACAGCCAGGAUAUAUUCAAGCUUUACUGUAGCUUCAUUUGAAUAAUUUUGUUACCAUAUAUAGUAUUUAUAUGUAAAAAGAAAUUUUCACUAUUGUUAGCAGAAGCAUUCCUUUAAGGAUUCAAAUCUUGAAAGAGUUAGCAAAGGCAGUGUGUGCGUCCUCCCUGUGUGUGACCACCACUCGCAGCUCCCAGCUCCCCUUCAUCCCACACUUCCUCAAAAGCGAACAGGAAGCUCCACCUUCUUCCUGUUUUCCCUUUUGAGAAAAAUUGAAAUGGUCAACCUGGUUGGCACCCCAAAGCUCCUGCAUACUCACACACUGCAGUUUGCAUUUUAAGAAACAGAAUCUGGAAUGAGUCUUUUUUUUCUAUUCUUCUUUUUUCCUUUUCUGUUCUUUUCUUUUUUAAAACAUUUAAAAUAAAAGUCAUUGGAUCAGUGGUUCCCUGCCACACUAGUUAACUUUCUCUCAGUACUUCGAAAGAAUAUUUGCCCUUGUUUGACGGAGUCAUUGUGUUUGACAUGAUGGUACAAGAAUAAAGUCAUCUGUAAGAAUUCGUACUAUUAGAGGAGUUUGGAAGAGCCAUGAAUUAUGUGUUCUUGUUUUUGCUUAUCACCGCCCAGUUUUCAAAUCAAUCUGUAAUCUUGUUCACUCUUUGUUAGAAAAUAUAAAUUCUACUGCACCUAUCAGGGGUUUCUUGUAAUUGAUAUGUUAUGUAUAGAACUAUUUGCAAUACACGUGUCAUUUAAAAAGAAGCAAAAGUUCAGUUUGAUUUAUUAAACAAUGAUUUGUACUCAU